AUGCCUAGGAAAUCAUACGAGCAGCACCUCGCUGAGAAAGCAGCCAUGAGGAGAAGAGGAAGUGUAAUAGAGAGUGAAACAGAUGUGGAAUCUUUAUUCUCAAAUACGACUUAUCAAUCUCAAUAUUCCAACUCUUCUCCAUACUUGUCGCCUCAUCAACAUCGAUUUUCCCCUGGCCCUUCUCAAUUCGCAAGGACUCUAUCUUCUACCUCAUACUCAUCUUCUAUAUCGUCACCUUAUCCAUAUCAAAGGGGCCGUUCAAAUUCUCCUGGAACGUCUAAUCAGAAUCAGGAAAAUAGACAGAAUGUCGGAUUUAGUUCUUUCCCACCACCUUUAUCAGACAAUACCAAUCCGAGCGAUACCGAACCAACAACACAUCGACGUCCAUCUCAAGGUACUUUGACGCACUUGACUGUACCUCAAACUGACAAGGAGGUAGCCAGAAGGAAACGUCACGAACAACGCAAACUAUCUAAAUCGACGUUGUUAUCAUCAAAAUAUAAUUCACCAAUUAGACAAUCCAUAAGAUACUUGACUAAAAUAGGAAUGCACCGACAUACCAUGUCUGUCAGUUUGAUGUCAUACGUUUUGAUCAAGCUUUUGGUGGUGAGGUUUAUUGAAGGAAGGGAGUUGGAUUGGGUGAAGGGGAGGGAAGAGGUUAUGUGGGGUGUAGUUGUUUAUGAGUGGGUAAGGAGGGAGGGUGAAAAGGGAGGAAGAAGUUUGAGAUCACAGGUCAUAGCAUCACUUACUAUCCUCUUAUCGCCUUUAUCACUCUUCGCAGAUAAAAAGAUAGUACCGAUGUCAAUGACCAUUCGACCACUCACCCUCUUAUCUUCAACGGACGACUAUGCUUCUAUCUUUUAUCUGUUCCUCAGCUUGACUAUCAAUCAGUUUCAUGCGAUUUGGGCAAUGACAUUUGGACUGUAUAUGAUAGGGAGGGGAUCAUGGAUUGGCGGAGUCGAAGGCUCAAAGUACGCUUUCCUUUCUUUUGUGAUCGGAGCAACCACGCUAGGAUCAAGAUACGCUAUAUGUGAAUCCAACUUUUUCAACUAUGUUUAUAACCAGAUUACCUUCGAUCUCCCCGCUGUGAAGUAUCUAGCGAAAUUGCCAAUGAUUUCUUGGUUGAUUUCGAAUAUCCCGACGGUGCAGAAUCAAGUAAAUGAAUGUUGUAAAGCUACUGUUCCAUCAUUGACGCUUUCAUCUUUGGUCAAUCAAGCUAUGACUCAUAAAAUACAAUCAACAUUAACAAUCUUAUCUAUCAUUCCUCCUAUCACUAUCCUCCUAUAUUCUAAUAUAUCCUUACGUCCCGGCUCGUCAACUCGACCCUCACCGACCAUAUCUUUCUUACCUUUACUACUAUUCUUAAUCUCCAUACCGAUCUAUCUUUUUUCGAAUGAUCCGCAUAACAUCAUCCUACCGCUUAUGCCUCUGACCCUCAUGAUGUCCUUCAGAGGAAGUGCGGCGAGAGGGAGUGAACGAUCGUCAAUAGGUGGAAGCGGGGAAGAUGAGGUCUGGAGGACUGGUGUAGUCCUCAAUGCCCUUUCGAUCAUCAAUUUGAUACCAUAUCAAGCGAGUCUAGCGAUAUCAUCGUUAUCUACCGGAUUGACAGUACUGUGGAUUACACUUAUCGGUGCUUCUCCUCUGAUGUCGAACAUAGUGGUGUUACGUCAAAUUAGUAUAAUGGUCAUACCCCUCAAUGUACUUGUACAGUAUAUCAAUCCACUCGAACAUGUCGUGCUCAAAGGUGCCUUCGCGAUAGGUUGGUUCUGGGGUAUGAAGAAGUUGAUUGAGAAUGCUUGGGCCAUAGGUGGAUUGAGUGGGAGAAAGAAGAAGAGUAGGGAGAAAGUGAGGUAG